UCUUCUCUUCUUUUCUUUGCUUCUUCUCCUCUUCAUUGUCUCUUCUCCUACUCUUCGCAUCAUCAUAAUUUCAUUAAAUCCUUCUUAUUUUUUGAACGAGAUUUUCGGAAAGCGCAAUUUCCAAGAUUACCUGAAAUCAUUUACGAAAUAUAAUAAUAAUAUAUUUUCCCGAUUUUCCUUCUACUAGUAUCAAUUUUUCGAAUUUUUAAAAAAAUACAACCGGUUAUACAAUAAAGGUUGUCAUUACAUCGUCGAGGUAGCAAAAUAAAUUACGACGUGGUUUUCAAAGAAGACAAAAAAGGGUGUAGCGUGUGCGAAGUCAUUUUCGUCCUUCAUAAACAGUGAUCUGGUUUGAUGGUUGUUGCUCCAAAUUAAGCAGGAAAAAAAGAAUUGAAGAAUUUUCAAGAUUAAUUUUACAUUUAUUUGUUUGGAAGAAGAAGAAGAACAAAGGCGUGAUUUGUAAUAUCACUAUUGCUGCUGGUGUAAUAUCAACAACGACAAUUAAGUAGGAGGAGCGAGUAAAGAUGUUAACAUGUAUAACGUGUGCGAAGACAGACGAGAAGGGGGAAGACGGAGGAGGGCGUGGAAGUGGGAAUGCGACGCCAAACACAAAGGAAUCUGUAAAAGGCAUCACAGCACAGAUAAAGGAUAUGGCGUUGAAGUUUUCUGGUGCUUAUAAACAGUGCAAGCCCUGCACAAGCUCUGGUGAUUUUAAGAAAGGCGAGAGGUCAUACGUGGAGUAUGAUAGUGCUUCUGAAGGGAGCCGGUACUCUUACAUGCAACCUGGAAGCUCAAGUUCAACGCCUGCAUGGGAUUAUACUAGCAGCAUGCAUCAUCGUGGUGUAAGAUCACAUUCGAGGUUUGCUGGUGGAUAUGGCGGUGACAGAACUCCUGGAGGAAGAGAUUCUAUUGCUGCUAGUGAUUUGGUGAUAGAGGAUGAGGAUGAACCUAAAGAAUGGAUGGCACAGGUGGAGCCAGGGGUGCAUAUUACAUUUGUUUCUCUUCCUAAUGGAGGGAAUGAUUUGAAGCGAAUUCGAUUCAGCCGUGACAUGUUUAACAAAUGGCAAGCUCAAAGAUGGUGGGGUGAGAACUACGACAGAAUCAUGGAGCUUUACAACGUUCAAAGAUUCAACAGACAAGCUCUUCAGACUCCAGCAAGAUCAGAUGAUGAGGCCAGAGAUUCUACUUACACUAGAGUUGGAUCCGUGAUGGAGAGUCCUAUGACUAAUAAGGAGUGGAUACCGAGAAAUUACUACCAACCUUCUAGUAAAUCAUUUUUCCCACCCGAGCCUUCAGACCAUGGUUACAAUGCAGGAUCAAGUGCUUAUGGCAUGGGUGCUCAGCAUAUGGAUCCAUCACGGACAACCACCUCAUCUCGAGAUGAUGUCUCAGUUAGCAACGCCAGUGAACUUGAAACGGAGUGGGUUGAGCAAGAUGAGCCAGGGGUGUAUAUUACCAUCAGACAGCUAGCAGAUGGCACUAGAGAGCUACGUCGUGUUAGAUUCAGCCGUGAGAAAUUUGGUGAAGUGCAUGCAAAGAUGUGGUGGGAGCAGAAUAGAGAGAGGAUACAAGCUCAGUACCUUUAACUUAUUUUUGCCUAAAUUUUUUUUCCCUCCUUUUAGAGAGUUGAGGCAAAGAAGGCUAAACAUUGCAUAGAAUGCACAACUUCAGCCUGAGUUUCGCGGAUCAGAAAAUACUCGUACUAAGAUAUGGAUCUUCAGCCACAUUACAGAUCAUACAGAGAAGCAUGUUCAUAUUACAUAUUUUACAGCAGUUGAACUUGAUAUACUACAUAUCUUCUCUGUAGUGUCCCUCCCAGUUGUUGGGGCUGUUGUUAUUAGCUUAAGAGUUAAAGAAUACUAGUAAUUGGGGCUAUUAUGAUGUUUUACAAUGCCCCCCUACACCCCCCCACCCCACCCCUCCCCCUUUUUUUUUUCUUAUCAUUUUUCAUCUGUAUUUCUUUCCCCUGACACCUUCAGUUUCUGAAAAUUCGUUCAUUCUUUUUAUCCGAUUUUGGUGAUUCGGCUUAAUUAUGUUCCAGAAUACCUUGAUCAAACCUUGAAGUACCAACAAUAUCAGAUGUUCUUUUGUACAAACAAUUAAAUCAAAGCCACACAACAGUGAAUGUGUGUUUCUUUUGUAGAUAUUAGAAAACAUAGAUAGAUCGAUCAUAUAAGCAUCUUACUUACCAGAUUAUACAAUUAUAGUAUUACUCGAACUACAUCUUCAUUUCAAGUACUAA